AUGGCCAGGACCGUGUUGGAGCUGGCCCGUACUCUGCGUACCAAGGAUGCGCACCGCUUGCGUAUGCCCUCCGAAGAGACCAUCAAGCGGGGGUUGAGUGCCAAGUGCGCUGCCCGAGAUACAUCCUCAUGCAUCGUCCACGAGCUGGUCGGAUACGUCGAUAGGAUGCUGAAAACUGCCGCAGUCCAGAUCAGUGACGACGUCUUGAUUGUCGAUGAGAGUAAUGGCGCAGCAGCGUCGUUGCCAGUGAAACCAGAAUCCCUAGCCAGAGCCGGCUCGACUAUCGAAGACCAAGCCCAACAACUUAUCAUGGAUAAGCUAUGGAACUUCGCGACCACCAGGUCUCUGAGGUACAGGCUACUGAACAACGCGGACCUGGUGAUGUCUGGUAAAGAGAACAAUGAUGGAAACUUCGGUAUUGGAGUAUCUCUCAAAGCACCGAAAGCAAUCGAAACAGGUCGCCGGCAAAACAAAAUUGGACCCUUCAUAGGUCUGGCAGCCAUGAAGAUUGGGGUCCUCGGCGCUUUGUUCUUUAAGGGGCUCACGCUUAUGGUCGGGAAGGCUCUCCUUAUAUCCAAGAUCGCUUUACUUUUGGCCACCGUUAUUGGACUUAAGAAGCUAUUCACUCAUCAGGGUGCUUCGGCGGGGUAUGACAGGACUUUUGAAAACUUGCCUCUGUAAUGGAAUAGCUGCACGUAUUCAUAACAGACUAUCGUCAAAAAGGAUUAAUCGUGACGGCGGACAGAUGAAUGAGGUUGCAGCUUCCACACGGAUAACGUGAAUCAGAGAUCUAUUACACGAUUUUUGGAAAUCAAGCCAUAUGUAUGGUUUUGAACAAGAAAUGUACUUGUA